AGCCUACCUGUGAUCGUUGUUGUCACGAGAACCCUAAUAUUACGGGGCUCUUUGCAGUAGUAGAGCACAAUUGUGUAGUAGUACACACUCUCAGAAAUCAUUUAGAUCGAAACCUCUCUCUCUUGUUGCAGAAAUGGCGGCAGCUUUAGCUUCCAGACUUACCAAAGGACGUUCGUUGCUUGGAGGUCUUACCAAUGCUUUCUCUGGUCUUGUGAGUUCAUCCAGUGGAAGCAUCCUUUCUCAGCAGCAGCAACAAAGGACGUUCAUUCAAAUGGGAACAAGACUCAAAGUCGUGGAUAACUCGGGUGCAAAGGAGGUGAUGUGCAUUCAAUCUCUAAGGGGAAAGAAAGGAGCAAGACUUGGCGAUAUCGUCAUUUGUUCAGUGAAAGAGUCUGCAACAAAAGUUGAUGUAAAGAAAGGGAAAGACGCCAUACAGAAAGGCAAAGUGAAGAAAGGGAGCGUCGUGUACGGUGUGGUUGUGCGUGCUGCGAUGCAGAAAGGGCGUGUCGAUGGAAGCCAAGUAAGGUUUGAUGACAACGCCGUCGUUAUUUUGGGGAUUAAGGAGAAAAAGACAGAUGAAAAGGGUAAGGAAAAAAAGCAAAACUAUAAGGGUGGUUUUAACCAACCGCUUGGUACCCGAGUGUUUGGUCCUGUCCCGCACGAGAUGCGCCUCAAGAAACAGCUCAAGAUCCUUUCUUUGGCUCAGCAUCUUGUUUGAGAUUGAGAGAGACUACACCACCUAUCAUCUUGUUUGAGACUGAGACUACACCACCUAUUAUUAUCUCUUUAUAUUAUGCGACUGUAAUCCAUUCAUCAGAUAGUCAGACUUCUGUUUUAUUAAUUAAACUAUUUGACAUUUUUUAGUCCCAACU